CAAACUCAUAGUUUUCUACUAAAAAAAUGCGAUGCUCGAGAUAAGAAUUCUCACCUGUUCUGUAAAAAAAUUGAACUUCGGUUUCAUAAUCCUAAUAAAUUUCAUCUCAAUGCGUUCGUUACUCUGCAUUUCAUGGUAAUCCAACUUUUUCAUCAUUCGUUAUAUCUUGUUAUCUCGUCACUUUAUUAUACCAGUGCUGAUUUCCCAUUUUCCAGCGGACAGUCUUUUGACACACGCCCGUCCGAUCCGCGCACUUCGUUCCCAUACUGUGGUAUGUUCUGGUUCCGGUUCUGGCAAUUCGGCGACUGGUAUGAUGUUGUCAUCGAUGAUCGAUUACCCACUCAGAAUGGCCGACUGGUCUUCUUACAUUCAUCUGAUCGCGAUGAGUUCUGGUCAGCGUUGUUGGAGAAAGCCUAUGUGAAAUUGUUCGGCACCUAUGAGGCAAUGCGUGGCGGGAGUGCAGCAGAGGCGAUGGAAGAUUUCACCGGUGGGCUCACUGAACUGGUCGACUUGGGAUCGAAAACCCCAGAAAACUUGUUCACCAUGAUGGAACGUGCACACGGUCGAGCCUCUUUGAUGGCCUGUUCCAUUGAUGCAAUUCCCAAUCAGAUUGAGGCAGAAGGUCCGUUAGGAUUAAUCAUGGGGCAUGCCUAUUCUGUGACAGCGGUUUGUCGUGUAAGUGACCCAGGCGCAUCCAGUCUAAGCUUUUCUUGGUGCUCACCGUUUUUGUGUGUGUGUGAGAGUUCUGCGCAUUUUUCCAUGAUCACAAAUACGUCGAUUUUGAACAAAUCUCUUUUUGGAUAA